CUUCUAAUGGUCAGUGAUUAACUCCCAUCCAUGUUUACACCGCUCCGUCUCUUUAUUUGCACAUGAAAAUAAUUUAUCCAGCAGCAUGAAGAGCUGAUCAGAUUUGGUUUAGAGGUCUGUAACUCGCGGUUGGAGAAAAGCUGGGAUGGCCUCUAAACUAUUCGACAGACUUCGCCGUACACUGUUCAAAGAAGGGGAGCUUCCUUCGGAGACGGACGGUCACGGAGCAGAUGACUUUCCAGAAAGUUCUGAGCUUGAGGACGACACAGACUGCGUGUCGGCCAGACUCGGAGGAACCCUGUGCUUUGAAGGUGAAGGGGUCCUGGACUCUGAGGAUGCAGGAGACGCAUCGGGGCCAGACAGCGACUCUGACUUCUUUGGAGAGUCCAUAGAUAAUGCAUGUAGCAGCACAGAGACCAGCCCUAUAGGGCCUUCCCCAAAAACCUCAAACAUGAUCACCAGACAACUACAAGAAAACUGGCAGAGCUCAAGAACUCGUUGCAUUCCUGAAAAACUCAUUUUUGAGGUGACUGAUGCCAGUGUUGUCCAUGAAACUAAUUCCAAGUAUGUGCUCUACACGAUUCACGUCAUCCAUUCUGGGACGUUUGACAAAACUCCCGCGGUCAUCACACGGCGCUACACUGACUUCGAACGGCUACACAGCCGGUUGCGUCGCCGUCACGGAGACGAAAUGAAUGGCGUGUACUUCCCUCGCAAGAAGCUGCGCAAAAACUUCGCCGCCGAGACCAUUGCUAAGCGCAGCCGGGCGUUUGAGCAGUACCUGACCCACCUUCACUCCCUUCUUGAACUACGGAGCACACCUACAUUUCUUGAGUUCUUUUAUCUGGGUGAUCUGCGUGCGGGCCAGAUGCUGAUGCGAGUGGGCCGGUACCAAGACGCCCUAGGCUCUCUUCUCAAUGCUCUGCGACUCCAGGAGAAGUUAGGAUGCCAUCAGCUCCUGCAGCUCAACCAGCUCCAGAGGGUUCAUUGGUUCUUCACGCUCUCUGCCUUGGUCACCUGCUUUCAAGAACUAGAACAGCUCAGUGAGGCUCAGGAACACUGCGACCGAGCCCUGCAGGACCUAGCGCCUUCCCAGGAGGCUUUGCAGCAGCACCAGUUGCACCCUCUGCUCAUCCCGCUCCUCCAAUCCAACGUCAGGCUGUCCUGGAAGGUCUCGAAGGACAAGCGGCGCUGGGAAGCUCUUCUGCAGGAGAUCCAGGAGCAGGGGAUUGAUAUCGGGAAUCAGCCGAACCUAAAGGAGUGUCUAAUCAAAGAGAGCAUCGAGGACAGCGAGGGGCUGGUCAGGGCUAAGGACAAAAAUGAAGAUGUCCCGUAAACAUUCAGGAUUUUUUUUUUUUUUUAAUAUGAGUAUUAGGAUUUUUGAGGGAUGUUUCUGAAAGCAAUAUGUAUGAUAGAUUACUAAGGAAACCUGUGGAAUUAAUACUAAGUAAUAUAAUGCACAACUUGCCUAUCACUUUAAAACUCACAUACAUUUCAUUGGCACAUUUCCGUAGCAUUUAUUAUAGCCUAUUUUUUUAUUUGGUAACACUUUUUACUAUAUGAUUCAAUUCGUUAACAUUACUUAAAGGAAUAGUUCAGCCAAAAAUGAAAAAUUGCUGAAAAUGUAUUCGCCCUC